CAACAUUCAUUCCUACGCCAACCUGUCGCCUCUUCAGCGACGCCUUUAAAAGAAUGAAAGCAACAGGUAUUCCUCUACGUAUAUGUAUCUCCGACACAGGUCUCCAUCCAUCCCUCACCUCUCAGUCUACGACUCGACAACAUAAAUUUGCAGGGAGGAGAAAGCCGCCCUGUGAAGCUCUCUCCUCUCUCUACCGGACUGACGCCUGCAGGGAAUGACGCAGCAUGACGAGGAGAUCAAGCCCUGAUCUCGCUUGCAAGCGCAAGCAGCACGCCGGCCGCAGCUGCCACCGCAAGCACGUCGAAGACGGGUAGCCAGGUGUUCUUCUUCUUCCCUCCUCUUUCUCCUCUUCCUGCUCCCUUCUUUUCUCUUCUGUUUCUGCGUGAGGAAUCGAGGUAGACGCUUGGUGAGCUGUGUGCAUGGAGGAACUGGAACUGCCCCCGGAGUCCGAGGGCAAAGGCGUGCUGCGUGGCCGCUAUGAGCUCGGGCGCGUGCUCGGGCAUGGCACCUUCGCUAAGGUUUACGCCGCCCGCGACCUCCGCACCGGGGCGAGCGUCGCCAUGAAGGUGGUGGCUAAGGAGAAGGUGCUCCGCGCGGGGAUGGCCGAGCAGGUGAAGCGGGAGAUCGCUGUCAUGCGGGUUGUUCGUCAUCCUAACAUCGUAGAGCUCCACGAGGUGAUGGCCACUCGCUCCCGCAUCUUCUUCGCCAUGGAGCUCGUCCGCGGUGGCGAGCUAUUCGCCCGCAUCGCCCGUACCGGCCGCCUUCGCGAGGACGCAGCCCGCCGCUACUUCCGCCAGCUGGUCUACGCUGUUGACUUCUGCCACGGCCGCGGGGUGUACCACCGCGACCUUAAGCCCGAGAACCUACUCCUGGACGACGCCGGCGACCUCAAGGUCGCCGACUUCGGGCUCAGCGCCUUGUCCGACCACGCCCGCGCAGAUGGCCUUCUGCACACCGCGUGUGGCACGCCGGCGUACGUGGCGCCGGAGGUCAUUGGCAAGAGGGGCUACGACGGCGCCAAGGCCGACCUCUGGUCCUGCGGCGUCAUCCUCUUCGUCCUGCUCGCUGGCUACCUUCCCUUUCAGGACGACAACCUCGUCACCAUGUACCGGAAGAUCCACCGCGGGGACUUCCGCUGCCCGCCGUGGUUCUCCUCCGAUGCCCGCCGGCUCGUCACAAAGCUUCUCGACCCCAACCCCAGCACGCGGAUAACGGUGGCGAAGCUGGUGGAGAUGACCUGGUUCAAGAAGACGCCGAUUCCGCGACCAACGUCUGCCACGGAGGAGGCGGGUGAGAAGGGGAAGAAACAGGAAGCGACGGCGGACGAGCCGGAGACACUGAACGCCUUCCACCUGAUCUCGCUGUCGCAGGGGUUCGACCUGUCGCCCCUGUUCGAGAAGGAUGGGCGGGGGCGCAGGGACGACGGGAUGCGGUUCGCGACAAGGGAGACGGCCGAGGGGGUCGUGGCGCGGCUGGAGGGUGUGGCGGCGCGGGCCGGGGGAAGUUUCCGGGUGACGAGGAGCGGGGCCGCGGCGGUACGGCUGGAGGGGCCGGAGAGCGGGCGGAAGGGGCGACUGGCUGUUGCCGCGGAGAUCCUGGCGGUGGCGCCUUCGGUGCGGAUGGUGGAGGUGAGAAAGGCCGGCGGUGAUACCCUCGAAUACCAGAGCUUCUGCUGCGACCAACUCCGCCCGGCGCUCAAAGACAUCGAGUGGGCGGCCCCCGCCGCCACCGUUGAUUCCCGAUCCACGGCCUCUUGAUCGGUGGGCCCAUCUUGUCUACCACUAAUUAUUAUUAUUAUUAUUAUUACUGUUAAUAUUAUAUAUUAAUUUGGACAAUAGUCUCUCUGUCUAUUCUCCGUUUUGGCCCACCGUUCGGGAAUUACACCAUGCAUUUCUCCA